AAAAUCGAGUUGCUCCAAGCGGAAGCCGAUGAAAACGAUCAAAGUUUCUUCCGAUUACUGGUAGACGGACGCGCCAUCAAAUACAUCACCAUCGAGCCCGGAAUCUACAGUGUGGAAGAUAUGUGCGUCGGCCCAUCCCUAGCUUCCCUUCUUCCUGAACUCCCUCCUGGAGAUUGGAACGACGGACUGGUAGCUCGAGAGGGGGAAAAUGGUCAUCCGCGGUUUACACGCACGACUCGGACGGCAUUUGCCAGCGUCAGGAAUACAUGGCAUAACACGUUCAUCGACUACCUAGAGAUCGUCGUGGGUAGGAAAUUACGAACCGGCGUCUACGAGGUUAGCUGUCCAUUAUUCAACAAGGUUGUCGUUGCAAAAUUCGCCCGCUUCGAUUGGGAGGUGCAGUACAUGGAGAACGAAACUACGGCUUACCAGUGGAUUGGCGGUUAUGAUAUCGGGCCUCAGUUUCUUGGUCAUUUGACUGAAGAGGGCCGGGUGAUAGGGUUCUUAAUGGACCGUAUCCCAGCUGAACGGCAUGCUGGCCCUCAGGAUCUUGAGGCAUGCCAGGAGACAUUGUCUCGGCUGCAUGAUUUGGGAAUCCGGCACGGUGAUAUAAAUCGAUUCAACUUUCUGAUUUGCCAAUCGAAGGCUGUUUUGAUUGACUUUGACACGGCACAGAAGUGCGAGAAUCGGGAUUUAUUGUUAGAAGAGUUGAAAGAUUUAUCUCUGCGGCUAGACGACCCGUCUAAUAGGGGUGGUGGAGGGAUUCUGUAG